AUGCCAGACUCCAGCACAGCUUCGACUCCUAUCAGUCCCGCCUUUCCAACACCUGGAUUGGACAUGCCACGCCCCCCUUCGGUUGGGGGUAUCUCCUCACGUAUGACGGAUAUUGCUUCUGAAGAUGGAGAUCAUUCUGUCUCUUCGCGCGCCCCGACCUCGGUCCAGCCACCACAGUCUCGACGAGGGCCCCCGCCAGCAGGGCGAUUAUCCACAGGGAAUUCGAAUGCGCUUCGUCCGGGUAGCUCAUCCAGUCGAAUGAGUCGAAUUAGCAGAACGCAUGUUCCUUCGUUCACUCCCCAGGCUUUCUUUCGACCUAUGAGCUCUCAGAGACUACAAGCACAUCGUCGUCCAAGUCAGGUGCCCUCAGAGGCAUAUUCCGAGCCACCGGAAGCUGUCGAGGACGAAAGCGCACUUAACCGAAGAAGUUUGAUAUCGAGCAGUACGUUGCGUCUGGGCGCUCAAGCUGCUGAUUUGGAAAUCCCUCCUUCUCGAGGCACGGAAUUCACAGAUCCCAUCAUCUCUGACCGGAACACCUCGAACGCAAGCCCAACGGGGAACACGACUAUUAGGAGUCUGGGAGAAAGCGUCAAGCUACUCCAUGAACGUGAAAAGAAGUCCGCCCCGGAGCGACUUAAUAUAAAUAAGACUGUCAGGACAGGUUCUUUGCACGAUCCACCGCAGAGAUCACCACUAUCAUUCCGAUCCGGCUUUCUAUCUCUGCAAAACAAAAACGAGGAUUCCCAGCGUCCAACCGAUAAUACAGGUCGUGAAAGGUUAUCGUCUGUAACAUCAUCCUCUCCACGUUCAAUGAAAGAACAUAAGAUGCCCGAGCCACCCGCAAAGCUCGGCAAGAAUUAUGAAUAUUUUACAGGUAAUACUGCCUUCUGGGGCAGUGGCAGGUUUCAGAACUCUCGUGACAAGCCGGUCAACAUUGCGACGGGUAUUUUGAUAGUUCUUCCUGUGGGAUUGUUUCUUGGAUAUUCAGCCCCUUGGUUAUGGCAUAAUGUGUCUCCGGCAAUCCCUAUCAUUUUUGCAUACCUCUUUUACGUUUGUUUCUCAUCUUUUGUACACGCCUCUGUCGUAGAUCCUGGGAUCAUCCCACGAAACUUGCAUCCAUUGCCCACGACUGAUCCGGCUGCUGAUCCCUUGACUUUAGGCCCACCAACCACUGACUGGGUCAUGACCAAAUUGGCUACCUCUGAAGUUGAUGCCAUGGUGGUCCCGGUCAAAUACUGCAAAACCUGCAAUAUCUGGCGACCACCACGAUGCUAUCAUUGUCGAGUGUGCGACAACUGUGUUGAGACCUUAGAUCACCACUGUGUCUGGCUCAAUAACUGUGUUGGCCGUCGCAAUUACCGGUAUUUCUUUACUUUUGUCAGCUCUGCCACAAUCCUGGCCCUAUUCCUUCUUGGAGCAUCUCUGGCACAUGUGCUGCUCUAUCAACAACGGGAACACAUCUCAUUUGGCGCGUCUAUCAGCACAUGGCGAGUUCCAUUCGCAAUGGUGAUCUACGGCGCGCUUGGUGCACCUUACCCAGCAGCACUCUGGAUCUAUCACCUCUGGCUCGUGGGUCGUGGUGAAACCACACGCGAAUAUCUCAACUCCCACAAAUUCGCCAAAGCAGAUCGUCUUCGGCCUUUUACUCAGGGCAAUGUAUUACGGAAUUGGAUUUCAGUGCUCGCAAGGCCUCGUCCACCGACAUAUCUUCAAUUCAAGAAGCCAUAUCAACAAGGCGAUCAGCGCUUUGCAACGCAGAAGCGCAAGUAUCUGACAGCUAAUGAUAUUGAGGCCCAAGCUGGGAUGGAAAUGCAAGCUGUUGUUGGACGAAACACGAAUACUGGCUCUUCGUAUCAGCCUGACAUGCAGGAAGGCAAUAAUAGACCAUGAAUGGUCCUCGUCCCUUUCUCUUCUUAUUACCUCACUAUUGUACUACUAUAGUCCUCCAGCUUCUUCCAUUCUUUUUCCUUCUUGUUAUUCUUCGAUACAACCGUCCAUAGCAUCUGUCUUUUGAUUCAUCCGUUUGCUUAUUCAUUUUUGGUGCUGCUGGCAUUAAUGACUUACUAUCAUUCAUACGACCUGACUAUUUUCUAUUCUUUGUUUAAUGAUUCCCCUCUUUUUUGCAUUGUACAACUAUGCUUACGUUCUCUCGUUUACGGACAGUAUACACUUGCUAGAGUACUAGUCUUUUUGAAUACGAGUUUAUAUUUUUGGCA